UGCAUUGACUUGUAUGCCAAAUGCUUGGUAAAAGGAAGAAGUAGACAAAAGGCGUGGUGGGAAACACCGGUUUACAGUGGGGAGAGAUUUAUGCUCGAGGUUUUGAGUGGGCUACGAGGGUUUGUUUGGUCACACUCAUACGCAACUCAGAAGACCCCGUGCAUUUUCUUGCGCUCGCCAUGGCCAGUUUGUCAAAGGAGGGUUGACUUUGCGAAGUAUUGGGCUUUAUAGUUUGGUAGGCUUCUGUACAGGAGGAAACGAGGGUUUGAAUGGAUGAGUUUGGGGGCUGAUCAGUUGGAAGAAAGAUGUCGUUCAGAAGCAUUCUGCAGGACGUGAGAGAUGGAUUUGGAAGUAUUUCUCGGAGGGGUUUGGACAGGAAGUUGUCCUACAGUCUCAGAUGCCGAUCGCAGAGCGCCGUGUAUGACAGCAAUUACAAGAACAAUGUUGUUUUGCAGCAGAGCCCAUGGGCCAACAUGCCGGCCGAGCUGCUGAGAGAUGUGUUGUCGAGGAUCGAGGAGAGCGAGGGCACCUGGCCUGCUAGGAAACAUGUCGUCGCCUGCGCUGGGGUCUGUCGAAGCUGGCGCCUCAUUGCGAAGGACAUUGUUAAGACGCCUCAACUCUGCGGGAAGCUCACUUUUCCUCUGUCUCUCAAGCAGCCCGGACCAAGAGACUCUCUGAUCCAGUGUUAUAUAAAGCGAAAUAGGGCUACAUCUACUUAUCACUUAUAUUUGUGCUUGACUCCAACACUUGCUGAGACUGGAAAAUUUCUUCUUGCCGCUCGUAAAUUCAGGCGUGCUGCCAGUGCAGAUUAUGUUAUCUCCCUUGAUGCAGAAGACAUGUCAAGGGGAAGCAAUACAUACAUAGGAAAGCUCAGGUCCAAUUUUCUAGGAACAAAGUUCACAAUAUAUGAUAGCCAACCUCCUCAUAGUGGCGCAGUAGCAUCUACAAGUCGUGCAGGGCGACGGGUUGGCUCAAGACAAGUGUCACCUAAGGUUCCAGCUGGGAGCUAUGUUGUGGCCCAUAUUGCAUAUGAAUUGAAUGUCUUGGGAACAAGGGGCCCAAGGCGCAUGCAGUGUACAAUGGAUUCCAUCCCAAGUUCAGCCAUGGAAAUAGGAGGCAGUGCUCCCACUCCUAGCGAAUGUCCAUUAUUAAGUUUAGAUUCCUUGGCAUCCUUUCCUCACUUUGGUUCUAAGUCUGGUGUGAUUGACAGUAGUACUUUCUCUGGACCUAUAAUGAAUAGUAGCUUGAAAGAGGGUCCAUUGGUCUUGAAAAAUAAAUCUCCAAGGUGGCAUGAACAGCUGCAGUGCUGGUGCUUGAAUUUCCGAGGCCGUGUUACAGUUGCUUCUGUUAAGAAUUUUCAGCUUGUUUCAGCUACUGAGCCCACUCAGCCUGUGUCUCAAAGUGACCACGACAAGGUUAUUCUUCAAUUUGGUAAGGUUGGAAGGGACAUGUUCACAAUGGAUUAUCGCUACCCAUUAUCAGCUUUUCAAGCAUUUGCUAUCUGUCUCAGUAGUUUUGAUACAAAGCUGGCUUGUGAAUAGUGAGGUAGGCUCCUACUCCAAUAUUUGUUUCAACUGUAGUGAGGGACAAAUCUGGAUUGGCUUACCAAUGUUGCUUGGCUUGAUAUGGCUUUGAACAUGUAUUUUUUGUAAGCAAUUACUUUGUUUCGUUCUUGUCCUUGUUCUCACAAUAUUCUAGUGUUUGCAAGGUUUGUCACCAUCAAAUAAGGCAGUUAACAGAUGGAACUGUAACAAAUAGUUGCAGGUAAGUUUUAGACUAAUAUAAGGUGCUCCUAGGCAAAUUGAUUUCAAGCUAUGGUGUAAAUUAUUGGGCUGUACAUACAAUUUCCAUUCAGAAAAAGGGGGGUUUAUUUCAAUAGAUAUGAAUUCUUUUAUGUGAACAUUACGUUUGUGGAGGCCUGGAAUUGUUACCUUGAGGCCUUUGGAACUGCAUUGUCAAGUUAGAGGACUUUAAUACCAUGAAUAGCUUUUAGACACA